UCGCAAAGUUUGUUUUACUUAUCCUACCUGUUGAGGAUUUAUGGUCGGCUGUCCAGCUACUUCGUACUAAUCCCCAGUUUGUUUACUUCCUCUUUGAAUGUGUGUACUUUUCUAGCCGAAUCGUUUUAAUCGUGCUGAGUAACAUCUUGGUACAGACAGGUCUACUGGCGGAGUUAGGUGCCGGAGCCUGCGGGGUUAGGAGGAGAGCCAGGAGGCUGCUGCAGGCUGAAAAUGUUGGUGCUUUCUGUGAAAACAUGAGCACUACAUGCAGACAUGUGGACUGUGUUAGUUUUGCUGAACCUGGGGGCUCUGCAUUGUACAGUCUCAUCCUCUCCUCCCAGCCCCAAUAACGUCAGCUUCUCAUCAGUGAAUCUAAGGAAUGUCCUGCAGUGGUCCCCAGGGAGUGGCACACCAGAUGACACACACUUUACAGUGCAGUAUGCCAUUUAUGGGGACAGCGUGGAGAGCAGCAGAGGAAGACGGAUAUACUGGAGAGAGGUGUCGCGUUGUACGGAAAUAGCACAGAACUGGUGUGAUCUGAGCAAUGAGACAUGGGAUCAGGAGCAGGGAUACUACGCCAGAGUUCGUGCUAUGAGCAGGAGAGCAUCUUCCAAAUGGGCCUUGACACAGAGAAGAUUCGACCCAAAGUCAGACACUAGUUUUGGUCCUCCACUGGUUUCUGUGGAAAUAGAGAACAACAGUGCCAUCAUCACUCUGAAGGGACCAAUGAGAUAUCAGCCUAACAACCACACCGCCGUCAUUUCCAUGGCAACCUUCUACCCCCACAUGACCUACAACCUCUCUGUUCACAAUGCCCGCCGCGGCAAGACACAUCAUUUCCUACUGGAGUCCAGUCUGUACAAAUAUCAGCUGAUGGAGUACGACACAGAGUACUGCUUCUCUGCCAAGGCCAGAUUCCUCUCCAUGCCCAUCCCAUGCAGGUCGUCAGCAUGGCAUUGUUUAACCAUGCCUCAAGACCCAGUGAUUGGCCAGCUGCAGAAGAUGGUUUGGGGUAUAGCUGUUCCAGCUUUGUGCAUGUGUGUACUUGUGGUGAUUGGCUACUUUCUCCAUAACUACCUGACAGGGAAAGACCAGAAAAAGCCAUAUAUGCUGAACCCACACCCUGUUCUCCCUCUCCCUACAUCCACCAUAUGUCCUCCUGACAAUCUAAAUGUCAUCGUCAACAUUGUCAUCAAAGAUACACCAUCACACACAGACAGCGCCAUAUCAGACUCUGCAUCCCCCAAGCAUCAGCAGCCCAUCGCAGAUCCCCCACCAAGAUACUCCCCCCAGAGGUCUGAAACACCCCCAGAACCCCAGGGACCCUGGGAAUAUUUGCCCACUGACUAUGGAUUUGUUGGCGUUGCUCCUAAAAUCUGUGUUGUCAGGGAAGAAGAUACAAGAGAGGCAAGGCAUGACAGAGGAGACAAAGGGGAUCAUCUGACAAGUAAAUGCCAGAGAUGCAUAGCAAGUGACAGCUAUGAGCAGAAAGAGUGGAGAGUUGAGGAUUGUCAGGCCACUGAGGUUUACAGUCAUCAGGUAAAGCCCGGCCUCUGGCAGAACCCGAUCCACACAUGCAUGCAAACACACGCACAGACACGGUCACAGUUAAAUUCACUUUUACUGACUCAGGAGUCAUCACAGUCUUUUCAGCGAGCAACCGAGGAUGACAGUGAGGAGGACAGAGAUCCUCCAGGGUUAUUUAUAGACAAAAACCCACAAACUGGCCUCUUUCAUAUUCCUUUAAAUCUACAAAUUCAGAAGGAGGUAGGAAGUGUGGAAGACACAGAGGGAAAGAUGAGAGAAAGAAGACAUGGAAAGAUGAAUGAAGGUGUAGAGAAGGGAAGCAAGAGUGAGAAUGUACCUUUUCUUUCUGCUUACCUCUCCAAUAGCGUCAAAUACAUGCCUAACUCCCACACUGACCAAUCAGAUUCCUUACCAGAUGACUAUGGUGUUUUGAGAGUGGUACACAAUAUAACGGAAGAUGAGGAUGAGGAGGAGGAGGAGGGAGCUAUUUGUAUUAACUGGGAUCCUGAAUUAAGGAAACUGGUGCUGCCAGAGAUGGCGCUAGACUUCAAGAAGGAGGGAGGCUUGGAUGGGUUGAUGGGGGAGAAAGAGAGUGAGGACUGGAGUGGUGGUGAGGAUGAGGAGGUGAAGACCAGGGAAGAUGAGCUGAGGCUGAAAAAUGUGGUUGUCCGACAGCCGUCUGAGGAAGAGGCGGAGGCACAGAGAGAGAAGGAGAAAGGUGGGGAGAUGGAUGAUAUUUUGACUAAAUGGGGGUUGGUAUUCUCAGUGGACCAGUAAAUGAUACUCAUUAACAUAUUUACCUCAUUAGUACAAUAACACUCUUCUC